GGGAUCCUAGUUUGGACCACUUCAGCAGAGAGGUGCCAAGGUUGCAGCCUGACGGCUGAAGUUUCUUCUAAUGCAAUGACCCAGCAGCCACAGGAUGAAUUUGAAAGCAGCGUGGAGAGUGCGGUAGACUGGAUGAAGACCAUCCAGGAGAGACUGCGGAUCAAUGACAACACCAAGGGGCCUCGGUCUGCCUUGGAGGCCAGGCUAAGGGACACGGAGAAAAUUUGUCAGUUGGAGCCUGAAGGCCGGUUGAAAGUCGACUUAGUACUAAUGAAGGCUGAUGCUCUCCUUCGGUGCCUCAGUGAGGAGAAAAAGCACAAGAUUUUAUCCAAACUGAAAGAUGUUAAAGCCAUGUGGGAAGAAACUGCCAUAUAUAUUACUCACUGUCACAGCCGUAUUGAGUGGGUGUGGCUGCACUGGAGUGAAUAUUUGAAGGCUCAGGACGAAUUUAACGUCUGGAUUCAUAACAUGAAGGUGACCUUGGAGCCCGACAUAGAGCUACAGCUUGGCUUAAAGGAGAAGCAGUGGCAGCUGAGCCACGCCCAAGUCCUGCUCAAUGAUGUCAUCAAUCAAUCGACCCUUCUGGAGAGACUACUGGAGGAAGCUGCUUCUUUGUAUAAUAGGAUCGGAGACCCUAGUGUAGACGAGGAUGUACAAAAAAAGAUGAAGGCAGAAUAUGAAGAAGUCAAGACUGAAGCGCAGAGGAGAGUACAACUGCUUGAGAAGAUAACACAAGAGCAUGAGCGAUACAAGGGCAGUGUGGACCAGUUUCAUCUGUGGCUGACCCGUGUGACAGAAAGACUAAACAGCUGCCUCAGCCAAGGAGUGAAAGUCCCGGCAGAAAACAGAAUUAAGUCCCUGCAGGACAUUACCAAAGACGUGAAGAAUGGUGAGAAGAAACUGAGACAUCUCGAAGCUCAGUCUCUCGGCGUGAUGGAAAACACCUCCCCACUGGGAGCAGAAAAGAUGAAAGAUGAACUGGAGGAGCUGAAAAAGGCUCUAGAGAAGCUGAAAGUAGCAUGCCUUGAGGAAGAGGAGAGACUGAUGAAGACUCUUAGGUCAGAAAAUGCCUAUCACUCACAAGCCAGGCUGUUAGAAGCUGAGGUCCAAGAGUUUCUCAAAAACCUACAAAGACUGAGAAACAAUUUUGAACCUAAUGACCGCGUGAGAAGCGAAGAGGACUUGAUCGCCUUGUGGAGGAGAUACAUGGCAACAAGAGCAGCUCUUGCAGAGGAGGAAUCCAAGGUCGACAGGCUGAAGGCUCAACUGAAGGAGCUGUUCAGGUUUUCGCAGGACAUGCAGCCGCUGUCGGAGAGUGUGAUCUGCGCGAUCCGGGAAUAUCAAAGGUAUUUUCCAGCCAUCCAAGAAGAAUUGGCAGAGUGUGCUGUUCAAAUGGAAGAACUGGAAAAGUGUGCCCAGUCGGACCCAUCUCAGAUGCAUAAAAUAAAGCCGCUCUCCUCAGACUGUCAAGCACUGAAGAGGUCUCUGGAGAAACUGCAAGCUGAGUUCCCAGAUAAAGAGAUCCAGUUGCACCUCGUUGAGGCCCACGGGCAGUUGGUGGAGGACAAUUCCUCUCCGGAGGGGGCAGCACACGUCCGGACCGAACUGGAAAAGCUGAAGGGAUCUUGGAAGUCUCUUGAAGACAUGAUGUCAAGUCUCCUUAAAAAAAUGCCCCCAGGCUGGGUGAUGAUAGAUGCGAGGAUGAAGGAGACCCUUUCAGAACAAACAUCAUCAGAAAUGGAUGAGACCGAGCAUUAUCAGGAGAAUCUAGCCAAAGGGGAAGAUGCCAAUGGUUUCCAGCUCGUGAAGGACUUUGAGCAAUGGUUGCGAGGAGAAAAUGCCACACUGUCCAAAAUUCUGGCCACAAAGCCAUCCAGUAAUAAAGAAUGUAAAACAAGGCACAGCAAGCUAAAGGAACUCCAGUGCCGUGUUCCCGAAGGGCAGCGUCACUUUGAAGGCCUCCUGAGACUUCCACCAGCGGUCCAGAAUUCAGAGGAACUGGAGGAAUUGCGUUACCAAUGGAUGCUGUACAAAUCUAAACUGAACGACUCCAGCAAUUCAUUGAUUACAAGUUUUGGAGAAGAGCCAAUCUCAUUCAGAAAGGGGCGAGGAGGAGGCGUCUGUUCCUUCCUACGUCGUGUUUGCUGGGCAGCACUACCCCUCCAGCUGCUCCUCUUGCUCCUGCUUCUACUGGCCUUCCUGCUCCCUCUCAUGGAGGAGACCCACAGCUGCAAGCUCGCCAACAAUUUUGCACGCUCCUUCAACCUCAUGCUGAGAUACAAGGGUCCACCCCCCACUUGACUCCUCUAUGCUCACCGGUGCAGCCAAGGUGACAGAUUGUUAUCUAAGCAACUUUCCUCCGGGGUAUCUUAUCUACUGCACAUCCUCCCGGAAUCUAAGACAGCUAGUAA